AUGCAAGCAGUAACUUACCAAAAGCCUUACACAAUCGUCGUUGAGAAAGUACCAAUACCAGAGUUAAUCGAGUCAACGGAUGUUAUAGUUAAAGUGAUUGUUAGUGGAUUGUGUGGCUCAGAUCUUCAUGUUUAUAGACAUCAUGAAGAAAGACUGGAUAAAGGAACGAUAAUGGGUCACGAGUUUGUCGGAGUAGUGGACAAGAAAGGCUUAGAUGUAAAAAAUCUUGACAUUGGCGAUAGAGUGUUGUCACCUUUUACAACCAAUUGUGGAGAGUGUUUUUAUUGUACCCGAGGAAUAACAUGCCGUUGCGAUAAAGGCAAACUUUACGGCUGGAUAGCAAAGGGCGAAGGAAUCCACGGCGCACAAACAGAAUACGUUCGAGUUCCUUUAGCAGAUUCAACACUAGUAAAGUGUCCGGAAAAAAUAUCAAAUAUCGAAGCUCUUCUAGCUGGGGAUGUAUUCUCUACCGGAUUAUUUUGCGCUGAAAAUGGAAUCGGGAAUUUAUCAGCCAUCGAGCGAGAACAAAGUGUUAUUGUGGUUCUUGGAUGCGGUCCUGUUGGACUGAUGAGUAUUGUUUCUGCUAUACAUUUGGGAGCAAAAAACGUGUUAGCGGUUGAUAGUAUCGGUGAAAGAUUGCAAUUAGCGAAAGAUUAUGGAGCAAUGACUGUGAUUAAUUUUUUGAAUGAGGAUGUAUAUGAGAUGAUUAAAGGUAUCACUGAUACACGGGGAGCGGAUGUUGUUUUAGAGGCUGUCGGAAAUAAUAAGGCUUUGGAAUUAGCAUUCAAAAUACUUCGUCCGGCCGGCAUUAUUUCAAGUGUUGGAGUACACUCAGGCAAAGUGUUUCCAUUUAGUCCCGAAGACGGUUACAAUAAAAAUGUAACAUACAAAUCCGGUCGCUGUCCCGCUCGUCACAUGAUAACCAAAACCCUUCCGCUACUCGAAGCGAAAAAAUACAACGUCGAGAAAAUUGUGUCGCAUCGUUUCAAACUAUGUGAUGCUGUUCACGGCUACACAAUUUUCGAACAACAUUUAGAAGGGUAUUCAAUACCUUCGUCUUCAUCGACUCCAUCAAUAAACGACAACAAUAUUAAUUUCUCUAAUUCGAGAAGAUCGAAAAAAGUGAAAGAAAUCGAGCUUUUCGAGAAUAAAAGUUUAGCAAAAACCAAGAGAAAACAACCAAUCGAAUGCGAAGAGAAUCCACAACAGUUAUUGACGACGAAAAUAGUGUAA